GGGUUCACCUGUGAGGCGCCUGUACUUCACCUGAAUGAGUCGGAAGAGAAACAGAGCAGGUCAGGGAUCUGACUGUACUUUCAAAUGCCAUGAACGAAGAACGUCAAGCACCUUGGAACUUCUCUCACACCUGGUUCAGGUUUUCGGGAUUUCCUGAAAUCCAUGAGUACAGGCGUUUACUCUUCAUACCGUUUGGUAUUACGUACCUCCUCAGUUUGGCGGGAAACUUUUUACUGAUAUAUGUGAUUGGGACCUGCCAGAGUCUGCAGGCUCCCAUGUAUAAACUGAUAUCCGGUUUGGCCGCUGUCAAUAUCGUGGUCCCUACAGCCAUCGUCCCUAACAUGCUGCUGGGCUUUCUGUUCAACUGGAACGAGAUCUCGCUGGCCGGCUGUUUGACCCAGAUGUUUGUCACUCAUUUCUUCUCCUCUCUAGAAUCCACCAUUCUUUUGGCGAUGGCGCUGGACCGACUGAUCGCGAUCAGCCACCCGCUGCGGUACGCCGAGAUCGUGAACGCCUCGGUUUUUGCGAAGCUGCUCGCGUUCGCGCUCUUAAGGAGCGGCACGAUAAUGUCCGCCCUCGUCAUCCUGGCCCGUCCGCUGGUUUUCUGCGGGUCGAACACCAUCAGGCACUCCUACUGUGAUCACAUGGCCCUGGUCAGCCUGGCGUGCGACAGCACCGAGAAAAACGGCAUAAUGGGGGUGGUGGUAAUCGUGUCUUUUGCCGGCAUUGAUAUUUCCGUUAUCGUGUUCUCGUACAUCAGCAUUUUAAACGUUGUUUUGCGAGCCGGAGAGGAACGGUGGAAAGCUUUCCACACCUGUGGCACUCACUUGAUGGUCAUGCUCAGUUUCUACCUGGUGGGCAGCAUAACAUUUUUAUCUCACAAUAUUGGAAUUGCCAUUCCCACAGGUGUGAACACAUUCCUGGGAAUACUGUACAUUCUUUUCCCCGCCACAGUGAAUCCGAUCAUUUAUGGCGUUCGGACCAAGGAAAUAAGGAGCGCUGUUCUGAGAAUGUUCAGAAAGAGAAGUGGAAAAGUCUUGGACAGACAUUCCAUCAAAUAAAGCUUUGAAACAUGUUUGAACAAAAAUGAAAAGCCUGUGCCACUCUUUUGAUUCAUUUGUCUCAAGAUGAAUAAAAGUUGUUAUUUUUAUAUCUGUUUUGCCUUUGCUCUGCUUGCCCUGUACAUACUACAGUAUGUAAUUGCCACUGGUGAGAAUUGCAUAAUAAACCUAAUAUAAAAAAUAUGUAUUCUGAAGAAUCAUAUUUGGUUUAAAGUGAAUAUCCACCAAAAUGAAUGUGUUUCCUGUGUUAAAUUAUGCUUGUGUACACGUAGAACAUGUAAGAGAGGUUCACUCACCUUUGAUCAUGAAAACAUGACCUGUGUGUGUGUGUGUUA